UUCUUCCGCGAACUCGAGCCACCCGCCUCGCUCUCGCUCCCGUUCCCACAAUGUCUGGCGGCGCCGCCGACCAGCAGAGCAGCGCGCCGGGCUCGCUGUUCCUCUCGCCGCCGGCGCCUGCCCCCAAGAAUGGCUCCAGCUCGGACUCCUCGGUGGGGGAGAAACUGGGCGCCGCAGCGGCCGAUGCCGCAGCCGGCCGGACGGAGGAGUACCGGCGUCGCCGCCAUACCAUGGACAAGGACAGCCGGGGGGCGGCCGCGACCACCACCACGGAGCACCGCUUCUUCCGCCGCAGCGUCAUCUGCGACUCCAACGCUACGGCGCUGGAGCUGCCCGGCCUCCCUCUGCCGCUGCCUCAGCCCGGCGCGGCUGCCGUGGUCCCGCAGCGGAGUCCCCCGGAACCCCCGCGCGAGGAGACCCUGACCCCCGCCGCUGCCGCCCAGGUGGCCCAGCAGCCGCCCGCCGCCGCCGCCGCUCCCCUUGAGGAGCCGGUCGCCGCGGGCCCGGCCACCUCUUCGGCCCCGGGCAGCGCGGGCAGAGACCGCCAGGCUGUCCAGCCCGGCCCCGCGGGGAGCCGAGAGGAGCCUCCGUCGUCGAGAAGUGGCAGCGGCGGCGGCAGCGCCAAGGAGCCCCAGGAGGAACGGAGCCAGCAGCAGGAUGACAUCGAGGAGCUGGAGACCAAGGCCGUGGGCAUGUCCAACGACGGCCGCUUUCUCAAGUUUGACAUCGAGAUCGGCAGGGGCUCCUUUAAGACGGUCUACAAGGGUCUGGACACCGAGACCACCGUGGAGGUCGCCUGGUGUGAGCUGCAGGAUCGAAAGUUAACAAAGUCUGAGAGGCAGCGAUUUAAAGAAGAGGCUGAAAUGUUAAAGGGUCUUCAGCAUCCUAAUAUUGUUCGAUUCUAUGAUUCCUGGGAAUCCACAGUAAAGGGAAAGAAGUGCAUAGUAUUGGUGACUGAACUGAUGACAUCUGGAACUCUUAAAACGUACCUGAAAAGGUUUAAGGUGAUGAAGAUCAAAGUUUUGAGAAGCUGGUGCCGUCAGAUUCUUAAAGGACUUCAGUUUCUUCAUACUCGAACUCCACCUAUUAUUCACCGGGAUCUUAAGUGUGACAACAUCUUUAUCACUGGCCCCACAGGCUCAGUCAAGAUUGGAGACCUAGGUCUGGCCACCCUGAAGCGGGCUUCUUUUGCCAAGAGUGUGAUAGGUACCCCAGAGUUCAUGGCCCCUGAGAUGUAUGAAGAGAAGUACGAUGAAUCCGUUGAUGUUUAUGCUUUUGGGAUGUGCAUGCUCGAGAUGGCCACGUCUGAAUACCCGUACUCAGAGUGCCAGAACGCUGCACAGAUCUACCGUCGAGUGACCAGCGGGGUGAAGCCAGCUAGUUUUGACAAAGUAGCAAUUCCUGAAGUGAAGGAAAUUAUUGAAGGAUGCAUACGGCAAAACAAAGAUGAAAGAUACUCUAUCAAAGACCUUUUGAACCAUGCCUUCUUCCAAGAGGAAACAGGGGUACGGGUAGAAUUAGCAGAAGAAGAUGAUGGAGAAAAGAUAGCCAUUAAAUUAUGGCUACGUAUUGAAGAUAUUAAGAAACUAAAGGGGAAAUACAAAGACAAUGAAGCUAUCGAGUUUUCCUUUGACUUGGAGAAAGAUGUGCCAGAAGACGUUGCUCAAGAAAUGGUAGAUUCUGGGUAUGUCUGUGAAGGUGAUCACAAGACCAUGGCGAAAGCCAUCAAAGAUAGAGUGUCAUUAAUUAAGAGAAAACGAGAACAGCGUCAAUUAGUGCGGGAGGAGCAAGAAAAAAGAAAGCAGGAGGAGAGCAGCCUCAAGCAGCAGGUGGAGCAGCAGCCCAGCACUGCCCAGGCCGGAGUCCAGCAGCCCCCUGCCACCAGCACUGGUGGACCCGCUGCCUCUGCUGCGUCUGCAUCCGUCUCCACGCAGGUAGAGCCAGAGGAGCCUGAGGCUGACCAGCAUCAGCAGCUGCAGUACCAGCAGCCUGGUGUGUCUGUGAUAUCUGACGGGACAGUUGACAGUGGUCAGGGGUCCUCUGUCUUCACGGAAUCUCGAGUUAGCAGCCAACAGACAGUUUCGUACGGGUCCCAGCAUGAGCAGGCACCUUCCACUGGCGCCCUCCCAGGGCACACAGCGUCUGUUGUCCAAGCACAGGCUCAGCCCCAUGCGGUAUAUCCACCCUCAAGUUUGGCACAGGGGCAGAGCCAGGGUCAGCCAUCUUCAAGUAGUUUAACAGGGGUUCCAUCCUCCCAACCCAUGCAGCAUUCUCAGCAGCAGCAAGGAGUGCAGCCAACAGCCCCCUCUCAGCAGGUGGCGCAGUAUCCGCUCCCUCAGACAUCGGCCCCCAGCGAGGCCGCGAUUGCACAGCCCAUGAGUCAGCCUCCACCUCCGCAGGCCUUGCCACACAUGUCCGCGGGAAAACAGCUUCCAGUUUCCCAGCCAGUACCAACUCUCCAAGGCGAACCUCAGAUCCCAGUUGCAACACAGCCCUCAGUCGUUCCCGUCCAUGCUGGUGCUCACUUCCUUCCUGUGGGACAGCCACUCCCGCCCUCUCUACUGCCCCAGUACCCCGUCUCUCAGCUCCCCUCUGCUCCUCCUCACGUGUCUGUGGCUCAGCCAGGCUUCCCACCCCUGCCCAUCACGAUGGCAGCUGGUGUUAGUCAGCCUCUGCUCACCUUGGCUUCAUCUGCUGCGGCAGCGGCCGUCCCAGGGGCACCCGCUGUCGUCCCUAGUCAGCUUCCUGCCCUCCUGCAGCCUGUGACCCAGCUGCCAAGUCAGGCUCACCCACAGCUCCUGCAGCCAGCAGUUCAGUCCAUGGGGAUUCCCGCCAGCCUUGGACAGACUGCCGAGGCGCCACUUCCCCCUGGAGAUAUUCUCUACCAGGGCUUCCCACCUCGACUGCCAUCACAGUACCCAGGAGACUCAAACAUUGCUCCCUCCUCCAGCGCAGCUUCUGUGUGCCUGCCUUCUGCAGUCCUGUCCCCUCCCAUGCCGACAGAGGCGCUGGCUGCCCCGGGUUAUUUUCCUGCAAUGGUGCAGCCCUAUGUGGAAUCCAGUCUCUUGGUUCCUGUGGGCAGUGUAGGAGGACAGGUCCAGGUGUCCCAGCCGGCAGUGAGCUUAGCACAAGCCCCCACCACAUCCUCCCAGCAAGCAGCUCUGGAGCAGAAUGAAAUGCCAGUGUGGGGGCCUUGUUGCCACUGGCUGUUCUGUUGGGAAAGCACUCAGGUCGUCUCUCAGGUGGCUCCUCCAGAGCCGGCUCCCGGGGCUCAGCCACAGCCUGCCCAGCCAGCCACGGUGGUCUCUUCUAUAGACAGUGCACAUUCAGAUGUGGCUUCAGGCAUGAGUGAUGGCAACGAGAACAUCCCCUCGUCCAGCGGGAGGCACGAGGGCAGGACGACGAAGCGGCUGCAUCGAAAGUCUAUAAGGAGCCGCUCUCGUCAUGAGAAGCCUUCCCGCCCAAAACUGAGAAUUCUCAAUGUUUCAAAUAAGGGAGAUCGGGUGGUAGAAUGUCAGUUAGAGACUCACAAUCGGAAGAUGGUUACGUUCAAAUUCGAUUUAGAUGGUGACAACCCUGAGGAGAUAGCCACAAUUAUGGUGAACAAUGACUUUAUUCUGGCGCUGGAGAGAGAUGCGUUUGUGGAGCAAGUGCGGGAGAUUAUUGAGAAAGCUGACGAGAUGCUCAGUGAGGAUGUCAGUGUGGAGCCAGAGGGUGACCAGAGCUUGGAGAGUCUCCAUGGCAAGGAUGACUACGGCUUCUCAGGCGCCCAAAAAUUGGAAGGAGAGUUCAAACAACCAAUUCCUGCAUCUUCCAUGCCACAACAGAUAGCAGGCGUUCCUGCCAGUUCUUUAACUCAAGUUGUUCAUUCUGCUGGAAGACGGUUUAUAGUAAGUCCUGUGCCAGAAAGUCGAUUACGAGAAUCAAAGCUUUUCACUGAAAUUUCAGAUACGGUUGCUGCUUCCACAUCUGCUGGCCCUGGAAUGAACUUGUCUCACUCUGCCUCAUCCCUUAGUCUGCAGCAGGCCUUUUCUGAGCUUAGACACGCUCGGAUGGCAGAAGGGCCGAGUACGGCCCCUCCUCACUUUGGUCAGACAGGCCCCGUGUUUCCAGCAGUGCCUCCCACCCUGAGCAGCGCCCCUGGAGCCUCGACUGCAGCAGCCGCAGCCUCAGUGUCAGCCCCUGCCCCGAGCCACCCUCUUAGUGACGUGGCCACAUCGGCCAUUCAGGCUGAGGUGACAGUGGCCCCUGGAACAGGUGUCAUGCCUCCCAGUGGUCUCCCUGUACCCGCUGUGUCUGAGUCCCCGGCACCUUCCAGCGUGGCCCCCAGCGUCACCAUCCCUGCAGUUCUCUCGGCACUACCAGCGCCCCAGGCGGCACAGGCUCCCACCCCCGGCGGCGGGGCCUCCAGUGCAGGCACUUUCCCCUCUGCACCCACAUCCCUGACACCAGCCUCUGCUGUGGGCAGCGCUGUUGCCUCUGCUGCUCAGCUUCCGCCUGUGCCGUCUCAGCCCUCAAUAGGCAGCUCGACCGGGGUGGCCACGCUGACAGCCGUGCCCGCUGCCACUCUGGGCCCCAGCCUCACAGCACCGCCGUCCCUCGCUCUCAGCAGCAGUACCUCUGCCCCGGCUCUGGCGGAGACAGUGCUGGUCAGUGCCCACGCACUGGAUAAGACGGCCCAUAGCAGCACUACUGGCCUGGCUCUGUCCCUUCCUGCCACCUCGUCCUCUCCUGCCCCUGGAGCAGGAGUGUCCAGUGCUGUUUCUCAGCCUGCUGCUGCGGCUCACCCUUUGGUCCUCCCAUCAGUUGUAACCUCUACUCCCGUACUCUCCCAGGCAGGACCCAUGUCAACACCUCUACUGCCCCAGGUACCCGGUAUUCCACCCCUGGUACAGCCUGUUGUCAGCGUGCCUGCUGUGCAACAGACCCUGGUUCAUAGCCAGCCUCAGCCCGCUCUGCUCCCCAACCAGCCCCACACUCACUGUCCCGAGAUAGAUGCUGACACUCAACCCAAAGCUCCCGGGAUUGACGACAUCAAAACUUUGGAGGAAAAGCUGCGAUCUCUCUUCAGUGAGCACGGCUCUUCUGGAGCCCAACAUGCCCCCAUCUCGCUGGAGAGCUCGCUCACUGUGGAGACCGCUGUCACAGCAGGCCUCCCAACCACUGCUGUUGCACCAAGCAAGCCUCUGACUUCCACUGCCAGUACUUGCUUGCCACCAACCAGUCUGCCCUUAGGAGCAGCUGGUUUGUCAGUUAUACCAACGGUCACCCCUGGGCAAGUUUCCACGCCAGUCAGCUCUGCGCCAGGAGUGAAACUUGAAACUGCUCCAGCAAAGCCACCUUUAACUAAGCCUCCAGUGCUGCCCGUGGGCACUGAACUUCCAGCUGGUACUCCGCCCAGCGAGCAGCUGCCACCUUUUCCGGGACCUUCACUAACUCAGCCCCCGCAGCCCCUGGGAGACCUGGACGCUCAGCUGAGAAGAACCCUCAGUCCCGAGACUGGUGUGCUGACGUCUGCCGUUGGUCCCGUGUCUGUGGUGGCUCCAACCGCAGUUGUGGAGACAGGAGCCCAACUUCCGAAGGACGUCUUUCAAGUCACAGAAGCUCCUGUCCUUGCACCCACUUCCACAGCUGGUGUUCUGAAGAUGGGGCGAUUUCAGGUUUCAGUUGCAAUGGAUGAUCCCCAGAAGGAGGGUAAAAGUAAAUCAGAGGAUGCCAAGUCUGUCCACUUCGAAUCCAGCACGUCAGAGUCCUCAGUGUUGUCAAGCAGUAGCCCCGAGAGCACCGUGGUGAAGGCAGAGCCCAACGGGCUGGCCGUCCGGGGCACCUCUGCAGAUAUGCCGGACAGCGCCCGCCAGCCGCCUGCCUCAGAAGCUGGGCAGCCUAGCAAGGUCGGCCGUUUUCAGGUGACCACCACAGCAAGCAGAGUGGGUCGCUUCUCUGUGUCCAGAACCGAAGACAAAGUGGCUGAGGUGAAGGGAGAGGAGCCAGUGGUCUCUCCUCCUUUCAUGGACUCAGAACACGACAUUCCUCCCACCGUGCCGCCAAAGAAAGAGAAACCCGAACUGUCUGAGCCUUCGCAUCUGAAUGGGCCGUCUUCCGACCUGGAGGCUGCCUUCCUCAGCCGGGACGCAGAUGCUGGCUCAGGGAGCCCACACUCCCCUCCGCAGCUGAGCUCCAAGAGCCUUCCUGCCCAGAGCCUCAGUCAGAGCCUCAGCAAUUCCUUCAACUCCUCCUACAUGAGCAGCGACAAUGAGUCAGACAUUGAAGACGAGGACUUAAAGUUAGAGCUUCGCCGACUACGGGAAAAACAUCUUAAAGAGAUUCAGGACCUGCAGAGUCGCCAGAAGCACGAAAUUGAGUCUUUAUACACCAAACUGGGCAAGGUUCCUCCUGCUGUCAUCAUUCCCCCAGCAGCCCCCCUUGCGGGGAGAAGGAGGCGACCCACCAAAAGCAAAGGGAGCAAGUCCAGUCGCAGCAGCUCUUUGGGGAAUAAAAGCCCUGGACCAGGUACCCUGUCUGGUCAGAGUGCAGCUUCAGUCUUGCACCCUCAGCAGACCCUCCCCGCUCCUGGCAGCGUCCCGGAGACAGGGCCCAACCAGCUGUUACAGCCUGUGAAACCAUCUCCUUCCAGUGACAACGUAUACUCGGCCUUUACCAGUGAUGGUGCCAUUUCAGUACCAAGCCUUUCUGCUCCAGGUCAAGGCUGUGCCAAGUUUAACUGUGCGUCCGAGCAGGUGACGUUCAAAGCUGGCGGCAGGAGGACGCGAUUUCUGAGGAAGAUGGUGAAAAAAGUCUGCCCUUGCAACCAGCUCUGUAUGUGCCCUCCAGCAGAGCCGAAAUCAGGGACCAGCAGCACCAACGCCGUCGGGGGAGCUGUGAGCAGCCAGGCCACCCCAGCUCCGCCUCCUGCUGUGACAUCCAGCAGGAAGGGCACGUUCACGGAUGACCUGCACAAGCUGGUGGACAACUGGGCCCGAGACGCCAUGAGUUUCUCAGGCAGACGGGGAAGCAAAGGACACGUGAGCUAUGAGGGCCCUGGCAUGGCAAGGAAGUUCUCCGCGCCCGGUCAGCUGUGCGUCUCCAUGACCUCAAACCUGGGCGGCUCUGCCCCCGGCUCUGCAGUGUCAGCUACCUCUCUAGGGCACUUCCCCAAGUCCAUGUGCCCCCCUCAGCAGUACGGUUUCCCUGCCCCCCCGUUUGGCACGCAGUGGAGCGGGACGGGUGGCCCAGCACCCCAGCCGCUUAGCCAGUUCCAGUCUGUGGGAACAGCCUCCUUACAGAAUUUCAACAUCAGCAACUUGCAGAAAUCCAUCAGCAACCCCCCAGGUUCCAACCUGCGGACCACGUAGACCUGAGGCUAUCCUGGGGCAGGUUUGGGGGCAGGAGAUGGAAUGUGGGGGGUCGGGGGGCGUAGCCUGUAUGCCAACUACUAGUGCUGCAUUUAACUGGUCAUUUCUUGCCAGAAAGGAAUGUUUUAAUCCCACUUAGAGCCCUUGGAGUGGGUCCUCUCCCCUGCCCUCACCGUCGCCUGGAGUGGGAGGAAGAGAGAGGGCCGCUGUCUUGUGUGUGCUUUUUUGUUGCCCAGACCCAGCAGUGAGCUCUUGGGAAGUCAGGUUGGUCAGAAGGCUCCUAGAGAGCUCUGGAAAAGCAGAGCUGUCUGUAUUUUCAGGUGGUGAGGCUCUUCAUUUUGGUAGCCACCCCAACCCCUUACUUACUCCCUCAAUAUAAACCACAAGACAACAAAUUUAAACUAUUGGGCUCUCUCUUACCCUGUCGACCCCUACCCCCCACCCCAAUCCAACCAAUCUUUAGAACCCAGUGAAGACACCAGGGGAGGGAUGGAGGUUUCAGCCCUUUCUUACAAUAGGUCAUUAGUGCUUUAAGCAAAUGAUACUCGCAGCUUUGACUGCAGCAUUAGCAAUUAGGAAAAAAAUUAAGUUCCCUGCGGACAUGUAACUUUGCCAUCAGUUUUGAUGUGGAAACACUGUGAUGUAUAAAUGUUGUUGGACAACAGUAGUUUAAGAGUAAAAUAUGAAAGGCUUAAAAGGCUAGCUCUGUCCUUCACUUACUGAGAUUUCACUUUUCUCCUUUGUAUUUCCAUUGUAUUAGACAAAUAAAUGUGAAUGUAAACUUGUACAAAUCACUCUACUUGAAUACUUCCGUCCUCCCAGUACCGCUUGCUGGAUGCUUAGUGCCUUGGACUUCUAUCGCUUCUGCCGUUGCACCAACUUCUCGUCAGACCCUGGUCAGCGAGGGUGUGUGGAAGGAGAGCGUGGGUCCGUGUGACCCAGCAGUGGACUAUGUUGUAAGGAAACUGGAAGGGUAUUUUUUUCAAGUCAUUUAACAGUUUUGUAAGAUGAGCAGGGUGAGAAGUUAAGUUGACAUCAGUGGUUAAAGCAGAAAACUGUUUCAGGACAAGUGAGGAGGGAGGCUGUCUCCAGAUCGGGCAGUUGCCAGACUGAGCGUGGCGCGACCGGUGCUGAGACGAGAGGCUGCAGAACAGACGUGCGUGAAGACGCGGUGCUUGGCCAGCGGCUGCCCUAAGCCUUACUUACCUGCGCUGGGCUUGAACACAGAAGAUUGAGAAGAAAUGGCUGAAGAGAAAGGAAAGGGGUGGGGGCUAGUUUUUAAGUUGGGAAAUGUGAUAGUGAAAUGUCUCGGAUGGAGAAAGUUGCUCUAAGAAAAACUGUUUGCCUUGCUUUCCUCUUGGUGCAAAUGUACCAUGUAUUUCUCAACGUGGGGUCCUGCAGUUUGUGGCAAGUGGCCCCACAUCUGAAAUAAGCACUGUAGGAACGGCUGCUUGUCCCUCCUCACUUCUAUAUAAUGUCCAGAGGGUUGCAGGGUCAUAAUCCCCUGGCUACCUUUGUUUCUAGAAUGAAAGUGGAUAUUCUCAUAUAAAGAGAGACUCCCCUCAAGUAAUAACUGCAACCAGCCAGUAUUACUUAGUGCUAUGCCUAGUUGUGAUGGGCAGUUCUCUUACUUUCAGAAACUUCAGGAAAUCCUCUCCCAUUGCCUGUUUUGGGGGUCUCUGUUCUCCCAGAAGGUGGGGCAAGAAGCUAGGACUCCUAAUUUUGGGGUGCUGCUUCUCUCGACUCUGAGCCACGUCAGUGGCCCAUCCCAGGAAUCUCCCAUGACAGGAAGGGCCUGGCUGUCCUGUCCUUCAUUGGCCGUUUUCUUUAUUAAGUCAGCCAAGGCCCCAAAGAUGCAAAUAAAAGCUGAGGUUUUUAGGAAGGUAAGAGAUGAGAAGGGCAGGUGCUCCAAGCUUUGCUUUGAAAUUUACUUCUUCUCUGCCUGUAAUCCUCGAGAAAUGGUAAGAGUAAGGACAGAACAAGUAGUGCCGAGGAAAUGGGAAACGGACACGCGGACAGAGGAGACAGGACUUUGUACCAAAGGAGGGAGCCAAGUGCAGCACGACUGUCUUGUCACUUUGGUUUAAUGAUUUUGAGGUCUCUUCACUCACAUGGAAAGUAAGAACUGGUUUUAUUUACUGUUGAUUUUUUUCCCCUCCUGUGGAUGAAAUAACUGAAGCCUAGAGGAAUGAACCAGUGCUACUGAACUGUUUAAAUUAUUUUCGUGUUAAUAGUAUACUUUGAGUAUCUUUUUCCACAUUAAAAAAAUCUUUCUGAAUUAUAAAUGUUUUCCUUACAUUAUUUAACAAUGUACACUGUUUAAAAAAAAUAAACUGAAUUCAAACCUU